AUGGAGUCACAUAAACAGCUAAUGGAUGCAGGAUACGACGUCCAUUCCUUUGGUACGGGUUCAGCGGUGAGAUUACCUGGGCCGUCGAUUGACAAACCCAAUGUUUAUGAAUUUGGAACUCCCUACGAGAAGAUUUUGCAAGACUUGGUGAGUCAGAAUGCCGGUAACACAUAUGAGCAUAAUGGUGUCUUGUCAAUGUUGAGGCGAAAUAAAGAUGUUAAGAAGGCACCAGAGAAAUGGCACUCGAACUACUAUGCUGGGAAAUUUGACUUGGUAAUCACAUGCGAAGAACGGUGCUUUGAUAGUGUUAUGGAGGAUUUGAUGUUCCGAAUGUCCAAUAGAGAUCAGAAAAUGGAAUUGAAGAGGGUUGUUCACGUUAUUAAUGUCGAAAUCCGAGACGACAAUGAAAAUGCAAUAAUAGGCGGAAGAGGUAUUUUAAAAUUGGUGAAUAUGAUUCAUGAUUAUCGAAGGAAACAGCUUGCAGAGAAGGCUGAUGAUAUUGAGGAUGAGCUGGUAUUAUUGUUAGAAGAUAAUAUGAUGAGCAUACUCACUGAAUGGCAAAAAGACCAUGCACAUUUACAAACACUAUACGGUGUAUCAUUCUACUAG